AUGAACGAAGACCCGAAGGUCAAUUUAAGCGGGCUGCCUCGGGACUGUAUAGAUGCCGGUGCCCGGGAGAACAUCUCAGCUGCUGUCCCCUCCCAGGGCUCUGUUGCGGAGUCAGAACCUGAGCUCACUGUCAACCCCUGGGAUAUUGUCUUGUGCACCUCAGGAACCCUCAUCUGCUGUGAAAAUGCUGUUGUGGUCCUUAUCAUCUUCCACAGCCCCAGCUUGCGAGCUCCCAUGUUCCUGCUGAUAGGCAGCCUAGCCCUUGCAGACCUGCUGGCUGGCCUGGGACUCAUCAUCAAUUUUGUUUUUGCGUACCUGCUUCAAUCGGAAGCCACCAAGCUGGUCACAAUCGGACUCAUUGUCGCCUCUUUCUCUGCCUCUGUCUGCAGUUUGCUGGCUAUCACUGUGGACCGCUACCUCUCGCUGUAUUACGCCCUGACUUACCACUCCGAGAGGACCAUCACCUUUACCUAUGUCAUGCUAAUAAUGCUCUGGGGAACCUCCAUCUGUCUGGGGCUGCUGCCCGUCCUGGGCUGGAACUGCCUGAGGGACGAGUCUACCUGCAGCGUGGUCAGACCGCUGACUAAGAACAACGCUGCUAUCCUCUCCAUCUCCUUCCUCUUCAUGUUUGCCCUGAUGCUUCAGCUCUACAUCCAGAUUUGUAAGAUUGUAAUGAGGCACGCCCACCAGAUAGCCCUGCAGCACCACUUCCUGGCUACAUCGCACUACGUGACUACUCGGAAAGGGGUCUCGACCCUGGCUCUCAUCCUGGGGACCUUUGCUGCCUGCUGGAUGCCCUUCACCCUCUAUUCCUUGAUCGCCGAUUAUACCUACCCCUCCAUCUACACCUACGCCACCCUCCUGCCCGCCACCUACAAUUCCAUCAUCAACCCUGUCAUCUAUGCUUUCAGAAACCAAGAGAUCCAGAAAGCCCUCUGCCUCAUUUGCUGUGGGUGCAUCCCUUCCACGCUGUCUCAGAGAGCUCGGUCUCCCAGCGACGUGUAGCAGCCUUCUCCCCAUGGGAUGCUGACUAUACUAAGUGGUCCUAUUUUGCCCAGGACGG